UACAUUAUAUCCAAUUUUCCCUCUCUGCUAUUCUUGCACAAGUACUCUCUGUCUCUCCAAGAGUUUCUCUGGUUUAGAGUAAUUUCAAUUUAUAGGAAUGGCCGACUCUGAAGUUCAGGCUCCUGCUGUGCCGGCGGUGGCCGAUACGAAGUCCAAGAGAGCCAGCACAAAGGCCACCGCGGCCAAGGCCAAUGCUCCAAAAGCCAAGAAGGCAACAGUGGAGAAGAAGGCCAAGUCUCCUCGCGCUUAUCCUUCUUUCCUUGAGAUGAUAACUGAUGCUAUUGCUACAAUGAAAGAGAGGACUGGAUCUAGCCAACAUGCAAUCACUAAGUUUAUCGAAGAGAAGCAAAAGAAGUUGCCUUCAAAUUUUAGAAAGCUUCUGCUGGUUCAAUUGAAGAGACUUGUUGCCUCUGGCAAGCUCGUUAAAGUGAAAAACUCGUACAAGCUUCCCCCAACUCGCUCUGCUCCGGCUAAGAAACCAGCUGAUGUGAAGCCUAAGGUUGCGGCCAGCAAGCCAAAAACUGGAAAAGUUGUUGCGAAGCCCAAAGCCAAAGUGGCAACCAAGCCAAAGCCAAAAGCACCUGUGAAAGCUAAGCCGACUGCCAAGCCGAAGGCUAAAACAGCAGUGAAGCCGAAAGCUAAGCCAGCAGUGAAGCCGAAAGCUAAACCAGCAGUGAGGCCGAAGGCUAAGUCGGCAGUAAAAUCGAAGCCAAAGCCGAAAACUGUGGCCAAGCCAACUAAGGUGGCGAAAACUGCUGCCAAAACUACGCCCGGAAAGAAGACAGCGAAGAAGGCGAAGAAAUGAGGUUUUGGUCUUGAGUUGGGAUCUGGAUAGAGGGGUAGCAAUGUAAAUUUCUUGUUUGAUAGUUGCAAGUUGUAACAGAGUUGUUUGUUAGGUUUUUUUUUUCCUUAAUUGUUUAAGAAAUUUAAUAGAUUUUAAUUUCAUUAAAUUUGUCCCUCAA